UGUUCUGAGUCAGUGUGUGCCUGCAGAGCUUAUUGUGUGUUUUCAGGGCUCAGUGUGCGUCUUCUCCUCAUCUUCAGGAUGAAGGUGUGUCUCCUCCUGAUGUGUUUUUGUUGUCUCUGCUGGAGGACGAAGGCUGACAGCAGAUCGUUUCUGAUAACAGCUCCACUCUCGUUGUGUUUGGAUGCCACGGAGACAGUGUUGCUGCAGUUGUUUGGGUUUACGGAGGACGUGACUGUCCACGUGUUCUUGAGGACCUCCAUGGCUGAAAAUCACAGAGUUCUGGCUCGGGAGGAAGUGCGUCUCACGGCCGGGAACAACCAUCAGGCCAUCGCCAAAGUCCGGCUAUUCACACAUCAGCUGGAUAAGAGUGUAAAUAAUGUGAUCCUCCACGUCCAAUCACAAUCAGCAGAGGUCAAUGGCCACGUGUCUGUUCCUGUGACACGGUCCAACGGCUUCCUGUUCAUCCAGACCGACAAACCGCUGUACACCCCACAUCAAAGUGUCAAAGUGAGGGCGUUCUCCUUGAACCAAGAGCUGAGGCCGGCCGAUCGCAGUGUCUUCCUGACCUUUAAGGACCCAGAUCAUGUAACAGUGGAUAUUGUGGAGAUGAUUGAUGUCAAUAAUGGAAUCCCGUCCAUGCAAAACCCUUUCAAGAUCCCCAUCAAACCAAAGUUGGGGAUUUGGUCCAUUGAAGCCUCCUACUCAGACACCUUCACCACAAAAGCAAGAACAGACUUUGAAGUUAGAGAAUAUGUUCUUCCCAGUUUCUCCAUUUCUGUGGAGCCACAAGCAAACUACAUCAGCUACGGACACUUCAACAGAUUUCACUUUAAGGUGUCUGCCAGGUAUCUCCACGGUGCUCCGGUGGCUGACGCAGAGGUGUUUCUGCGAUACGGCUAUGUUAGUGGGAAAGAUCCUCCAGUUAUCAUCCCCAACUCUGUCAGAAGAGACAGAUUGUCCUCAUCAGGUGAAGUGGAUGUGACUGUGAACAUGGGGGAGAUUCUGUCCAAACACGACGGACCAAAAAACCUCAACAGCCUGUUUGGAAAGUACUUGUACAUAGCUGUGUUGCUGCAGGAGGACGGAGGUGGUAUCUCUCAGGAGGUGGAGUUUGCUUCUGUGAAAUUUGUCAAAUCACCUUUCACUCUGAGUCUGGUUUCAACGCCCCCCUUCAUCAAACCUGGACUUCCUUAUAACAUCCAGGUGUUGGUGAAGGAUCACCUGAACAAGCCGGUGAACCGGGUUCCAGUUCAGCUGGUGCAGAAAGACCUGUACAGACAGGGGAUGGAGACAGAGAACAUGCUCUGUUCUGACAAUGCCGCCAGCCAGUCAGACGGCCUCGCUGUCUUCGUCUGCAACACGCCGAGGAGAGCGGUCAGGGCGGUGCUGCAGUUUGAGACGGCAGACCCUUCCCUCCCAUCAGCCAGUCAGGCCAGUCUGACUCUGACGGCGGCGGCCUAUCACUCAGAAAACGAGCGUUACAUUUACAUCGACCCCCCGCUGCCCGGCCACAGCCUGGAGGUGGGAAAAUCUGCCCAUAUCAACGUGUACUCAGCAACACCCUCCUACCUGCCCAUCAGAGUCCUCAGUUACCUGGUGCUGUCUAAAGGGAAGGUGGUGCAUUUUGGCAGUCGUAGGUUCGUCGAUGCUUCUGAUAACAAACAGACUCUGAACUUCCCUGUGACGGGCUCCAUGGUCCCGUCCAUCAGACUGCUGGUCUACUACAUCCUGUACGGAGAGGGGACGUCCGAGCUGGUGGCCGACUCCGUCUGGAUAGACGUCAGACACAAGUGUGUCAGCGGACUCCAGACUGAUCUGUCAUUUCGUAGACAGGCCUACAAGCCAAAGGAUAAUCUCCAGCUGGACAUCAGGGCCAAUCAGGAAGGACUGUUGGCUCUGUCUGCUGUAGACACCGCCCUCUUUACACUACGACCCAAUUACAAAGACCCCGUUUCCACGGUGCUGCGUCACAUCGAACACAGCGACCUGGGCUGUGGCGGAGGCGGCGGCAAAAACAACGCAGAUGUCUUCCGAUUGGCCGGCCUCACCUUCAUCACCAAUGCCAACGUCAAGCCAAUUACCAGCAGUGAGGCGUGCACAGCAGUGGUUCGUCCAAAGCGAGCUCUGACUGAUCAGGAGAAGGAGAAAAAAGCCAAGACUUACGGUCCACUGAAGACCUGCUGUGAGCAGGGGAUGAAGUACAUCCCAAAGAGCGUGACCUGCCUCAAGUUCGCUGAGCAGAUAUUCAGAAAACUCCCUCGCUGCAGACAGGCCUUCAGAGAAUGCUGUGAGUUCGUACAGCAGAACCUGGACCAUAACCUCAUCCUGGGCCGUCACGAGAUGGGUGCGGACUUUGACCAGACUCCUACAUUGGUGCGGAGCGCCUUUCCAGAGAGCUGGCUGUGGGAGGUGCAGCGCGUCAGUCCAGGCCAGACGUCUAUCAGCAGGCCUCUACCAGACUCUCUCACCACCUGGGAGAUCAAGGCCAUCGGCAUGUUCAAGGACGGUAUUUGUGUUGCAGAGCCGGUCCAGGUGCCGGUCAGUCAGCCGCUCAGCGUGGACGUCCCGCUGCCCUAUCAGGUGGUCAGAGGAGAACAGGUGGAGCUGUCGGGCUCAGUGUACAACCAACAGGCUGAGGCCAUCACGUUCUGUGUGACGCUGACGGCCGGACCGGGGAUCUGUCUGCUCAACUCCCAGCCGACUCCCGGGGGAGAGGGGCUGCGCUCCACGCCCUGCCACUGGUCCCGUCUGUCUGAAGGGGGGGCGGGCGAAGUGACCUUCACAGUGCUGGGCCUGGAGCCUGGAGAGCACAACCUGACCUUCACCCUGAAGACACGCACGGGCGGCGGAGACAUCCUGAGGAAGAAGCUCAGAGUGGUGCCCGAGGGCGUGAGAGACCACGUGUACUCUGGAGGAACCCUUGACCCUCGGGGACUUUACGGUAAAGCGAAGCAAACGGUGCAUCUGAAGAACAACCUGCCAGCCAACAUCAUUCCCAACACAGCUGUGGAGAGAAUGCUGACUAUCAGCGGUGAAGUUCUAGAGGAGAUCGUGUCAGUGGUACACGACCCUGACGGCCUCAGAGAGCUCAUCAACCUGCCGACCGGGUCAGCAGAUCGCGAGCUGGAAGAACUCCUCCUUUUCAUCCACGUGUAUCAGUAUCUGGAGACCACGAGCAGCUGGGGCGUCGUGGGAGGAGACGUCCUGAGCAACUCCGCACGACUGUCACUGAAGAUCAGUCAGGGUCUGGUUAGUAUCAGCUCCUUCAGACGUUCAGACUCCAGUUACAGCAGGUGGACGAAUCAGCUCUCCAGCACCUGGAUGACCGCCCGGGUGGUGCAGGCCUUGAUUAUGGCGGAUCAGGUGAUCAGAGUGGACCACCAGUCUCUGUCAAACUCUGUCACCUGGCUGAUCCACAACACUCAGCAGCCAGACGGAUCCUUCAGAGAAAAAUCCCUCACCACAGCCAACAAGAUCAUGUCGAGGAACAGAGGACUCGACCAGUCGGUGUAUCUGACGUCCUUUGUGAUGAUCGCCCUGCACGGAGCGGGGCGCAUCAACAACCCAAACCUGCAGCUCCAGUUAACUGGCAGCAUGAGGAAUGCAGCAAACUACAUCUCCCAGCAUGCCCCAGCUGUCACGAGUGUACAUGUACGUGCGAUGGCAACCUACGCUCUGACCCUUCACGACCCCGAGGGCGCAGUGUCCAGAACCCUGUUCACCAGCCUGGAGAAAGUAGUUCGGCAGAAAGGUGACCCCGUUGAGCUCAGGUUCUGGCAGGAGUCCAGUGUGACGGCUGAUCAGGUGAAGCCGGACCAGUCCAGCGGUCUGGCGGUGGAGACGACGGCGUACGUGCUGCUGACUGUGCUGCUCAAGGGGCAGACCCAGUAUGCCAGACCCAUCGUGACCUGGCUGACCCAGGAUCAGCACUACGGAGAGGCUUUCUACUCUAUACAGGACACAGUUCUGACUCUGGCGGCCUUGACUGAGUACACCAAAGCCAUCAGGCGAGCCACCCUCAAUCAGGAAAUCAACAUGCGCUACAGCAAGGCUAAGAACGGAGCGCUGGGACACACCUGGCUGACCCAGAGCCGAUCUGUGGCCACGCCCAUCAAGGUGACAAAAGCUGAUGACAUCAUCGUGUCCACGAAUCAUGGCACGGGCGUGUCAGUCGUGAAGCUGAAGACGGUUUAUUACAGGUCCACCACGUCCACGGAGAGGUGUAACUUUGACACCAGCAUAGAGAUAGUCGGCUCCGACGUCUCCGAGGAUCUCAGUCUGAGUGCUCCUCACCUGGUCGCCUGUGCAAAGUAUAAACCUCUUCCUAACGAGGUGAACACAGAUUCCAGUAUGACAGUGAUGAAUAUCCAGCUGCCGACAGGUUUGGAGGCGAACCUGGACGACCUGAGACAGUUCAGAGACUUGGACGAGCCGCUCAUCUCCCACUACGAACUGAAGGGAAACACCGUGGUCAUUACGAUGGACUCAGUUCCCUCUGACGUCUUCCUGUGCGUUGGUUUUCGGGUCAGGACUGGGUUCAAGGUGAGCGGAGCCAGCGAGUCCCUGUUCCAGGUCUACGAGCCUCUGGACAAAGGCAGCAUGUGCACCAAGCAGUUCUCCAACCAGGAGCAGAAGCUGCAGCGCCUCUGUCUGGGAGUAGAGUGUCAGUGCCUGACAGCUGCCUGUGCUGCAUACAGAGGAAACAUGGACCUGACUCUGACAGUGGCCAAACGCAUGAACGAGACCUGCCAGCCUCACAUCAGCUACGCCUUUAAGGUGGACGUGAAGUCUUCAGCAGCAGAAGGAGACUUUAUGACCUACACAGCCACCGUAGUUGAAGUCAUGAAGAACAUAGAUAAAACGUUUGACGAGGUGCGUUCACGUACGGAGGUGGACCUGGUAAAAAAGGCCACCUGCAGCGCUGUGGACAUCCAGAUCGGCAAACAGUACCUGGUGAUGGGAGCCAGCGGGUCAGAGGUCACACUCAGCACCGGCUCUAAGUUUCGUUUUGCUCUGGACUCGGAGGCCCUGGUGGAGCUGUUGCCGACAGACUGUAAUUCUUCUCCUGACUGUGCAGACUACAUUUCCCAGCUGGAGGAGGUUUCUUUAAAGCUGCUGGUAGAAAACUGCCAGGACUCAUCAUAACUCUGCAGCAGAACAGCUUCACUUUUUAACGUAAUACUCAUGAGAGCUGUGUGGAUAAAGAUAAACCUACACUGAUAAACAGGAAACACGUGACCACAGUGAACUGUACAGACAAAUGUAGCUUUAUUCGCUUAACAAUCACAAUGUAAAUGGAUUUUAUUUCUCCUUUUUCAAACUGUGCCAUCAUUUAUAAUCUGCCAGUAAAGAUGUAAAGAAGUGUC